UUAUAAGAAACCGUUCAGUCUUCUUCUCUCGUAUUGUCUGUCUCUGUUCUCUGACAAUUUCUUAGUCUUUCUAUGUUCCAAUGUCUUCUACAAAGGAGGAUAACCGAGGUUCCUUUAGCUCAAAAAGAAUUCGCAACGACGCUUCGCGAAAAGAUGGAGACUGGACCUGUCCUAAUUGUGGGAACUUAAACUUUUCUUUUAGAACUGUUUGCAAUCAGGGACGUUGUGGUGCUCCAAGACCACCCCUAACUCCGCCUGCCCUAAUUACAAGUCCAUAUAGAAACAAUCAUCCCUUCUACUAUGGUGGAUUUGCCAUUCCUUCCCCAUCAUAUAGAAUGCCUGGGCAGUUUGGAUCCUUGAUACCACAUCUUGGUAUGAAGUAUGAUUAUGGUCUGUAUGCUACGCCUGGUGCACCAUAUGGUCCAUUGCCCAUGUUCCCACCUGGAAGCUUUGGAGGUAUUGAUGGCUAUGGAUAUGGCUUUCAAAGUCCUCAAUGGGCUGAAUGUUUAGUAGCUGAUCAUUUUGCAUCUCGAAAACGCCGAGGAGGGCCAGAUGGUUUAUCUGAAGGGGACUGGAUUUGUCCAAAUUGUGAGAAUGUUAACUUUGCCUUUAGAACCACUUGCAACAUCAAACAUUGUGGAGCUGCCAGACCCAGCUCAAACAAACCAAGUUCAACAGUUAUUCCUGAAGGUAGUUGGACUUGUGAAAAGUGCGGUAACCUCAACUAUCCCUUUCGAAAUGUAUGCAACCGCAAAGACUGUAGAACUGAUAAAAAGGUUUCUGUCUAGAGUCAUCAUGUAAAUAGAGAUUUCAGUGCAUUUGUCUCCUUUUGUAAAGAACAGUUACUUUUGAAUGAAGAUGAAGUUGGAUAGCACUAGCUUUAUAA